GGCAAGAAGAGAGGGAGAACCACUUGCCCAAAAUAGCUGGACCCCAGGAGUCUAUAUAGGAAGAAAUCCUGCCUUGGGGCUUAGCUUCCCUUGAUCACCUCCUCUCUCUUAUCCUCUCAGUGCCUUGGGUCAGCUUGUGCCCCCACCUAAAUUCAAGCCCGCUCCGACCCACACCGGCAGCAUGUCGAUCACAGACUUGCUCAGCGGAGAGGAUAUUAAGAAGGCGGUGGCAGCCUUUGCAGCUGCUGAGUCCUUCAACCACAAGAAGUUCUUCGAGAUGGUGGGGUUGAAGAAGAAGAACAAACAGGAUGUGGAGAAAGUGUUCCACAUCCUGGAUAAGGACAAGAGUGGCUUCAUCGAGGAGGAUGAGCUCAAAUUCAUCCUGAAGGGCUUUACACCAGAUGGCCGAGACCUGUCUGACAAGGAAACCAAGGCACUCCUGGCUGCUGGAGAUAAGGACGGUGAUGGCAAAAUUGGGGCUGAAGAAUUCACAAGUAUGGUGGCUGAAUCAUAAACGGCUCUGACCGCCCCAGGCCCUUCGACUGCCCCUGAACAACCGGAUUCCAGUCGCCUCCUGCCGACCUCCUUGGUUUCUCUCCUUUUUAUUUAUGCUAUUUUUUACUCCAACUGUUCCCUGCAGCCCUGUAACUCUAUCACUACUCUGGAAAACGCUGGUAGAAACAAUAAAGGUCAAAUCCACCUGACUCCUGAUA